AAUGGCUAAAGUUGUUCCAGUUCUUCAUUAUUUCAACCAAAUCUAGAUCUGAAUUUUCAGGUUCACCUUGUUAACCUCUAACGUGCUGGGAAGUAUAUAUUCAAACCGCAAGCUCGUCACUGCCCUACAAGUACAUACACUGUCAUACAGUAUAUACACCAGUGACCUAGGCUAUAUUCAGCCACAACAGCGCUACUACAACCACUACUACAAGCACACCACAAGGCAGCUCGACACGACAUUGGACCCCGCGAUUUCUCCCGAUUGGACCUGUGGCGUGGCUGUUGAUCGGUGCCACUGCAUCAGUGUCAUUCAAUUGUCUUAAAACUUUUUUCUUUUUUUUUCUUGCUUGUGACGCUGCAGGCUCGAAAAUUUUAAAUAAUCAGAGAUUACAGCAGUGCCUCUCGUCUUCCCUUUCUUCCAGUCAACAUGGGCGACAUGGCGAACGAGAUCAAGUUGCUCUCGGGCAAUAGCCAUCCGAGUUUGGCUAAAUCCGUGGCUGAUCGACUUGGGAUUGAGAUCGCAAAGACGAUGAGUUUGAACUAUUCAAACCAGGAGACAAGCGUUACUGUUGGCGAAUCAGUAAGAGAUGAAGAUGUCUUCAUCUUGCAAUCCACUGCGCCAGGCGACAUCAAUGAUGGCUUGAUGGAGCUUUUGAUCAUGAUUCACGCCUGCCGAACAGCUUCCGCCCGGCGCAUUACCGCUGUCAUCCCGAAUUUCCCCUACGCGCGCCAGGACAAGAAGGACAAAAGUCGCGCACCCAUCUCCGCCAAGCUUAUCGCCAACAUGUUGCAGACCGCCGGCUGCAAUCAUGUCAUCACCAUGGAUCUUCACGCCUCGCAGAUUCAAGGCUUUUUCAAUGUCCCAGUCGAUAACCUGUAUGCCGAACCAAGUGUCCUACGAUGGAUCAGGGAGAAUCUCGCCGGGCAGGAAACCGUGAUCGUCAGUCCGGAUGCUGGUGGUGCAAAGAGGGCUACGUCUAUAGCGGAUCGCCUCGACCGUGGCUUUGCACUCAUCCACAAGGAGCGCCCCCGACCCAAUGUCGUGGGCAGGAUGGUACUUGUCGGCGACGUAGUAGACAAGGUUGCGAUCCUCGUAGAUGAUAUGGCUGAUACCUGCGGCACAUUAGCCAAAGCUGCAGCCACCGUUAAAAACCACGGUGCGCGCGAAGUCAUCGCUGUAGUUACGCACGGCAUUUUGAGUGGGGAUGCUAUCAACACCCUCAACAAUAGCUGUCUUAGCCAGAUCGUGGUCACAAAUACCGUACCUCUCGGCGACAAGGUCCAACGGUGUAAGAAGCUGAGGGUGAUCGACGUAAGCCCUACGAUAGCCGAAGCUAUCCGGCGAACUCACAACGGAGAGAGCGUGAGCUUCUUGUUCACCCACGCUCCGCUAUAACAUACAUACAUACAUGCAUUUACGUUUGCUAGCAUGUAAAUACUGGGGAGACCAGACAAAGAUAGCCGGUGUAAUCACGCGUACUGGAAAUACAAAGCGUUUUAGAGAAUGGGAUGGGAUUGGGCUGGGCUUUUGCCCCCCUUCCCCUUUUUUUCUUUUUUCUUUUCUGUCUUAAACUUGGGAGUUAAACUUUGCAUUGGGAAAUGAGUUCUGCGAAGAAACGAGACACCGUAGAGGAUAAAACGAGGUCAUAUAAGCAUGGUGCUAUUUUACUUAUACCUUACUUACUGCAUUUACCCCCUGGACAUAACGAGAAUUACAUCUGCAUAUCCCUCUAGGUACAAUUAUGGCAUAGGUCAUGGCGAAAUGGAAAGAGAACAAAAUUGGGUUUGGGAGGCAAUAUCAUGGAACGUCACAAUAGAAACCGCAUCCUCAGCUGGGGUGCAAUUAUGAAGACUACCGUCACUUUAUCACUAUAAAA